GCGGAAAAGCGGGCUGUCUCGGAAACGCCGAGCUGAGUUCCUCCCGGGUUUUCAAGUUCGGCUCCUGGGCUGUUGUUUAGACUCUUGUGAAGAUGGCUUGCGCUGCAGCGCGGUCCCCGGCGGACCAGGACAGGUUUAUUUGUAUCUAUCCUGCUUAUUUAAAUAAUAAGAAGACCAUCGCAGAGGGAAGGCGAAUCCCCAUAAGUAAGGCUGUUGAAAAUCCUACAGCUACAGAGAUUCAAGAUGUAUGUUCAGCAGUUGGACUUAACGUAUUUCUUGAGAAAAAUAAAAUGUACUCUAGAGAAUGGAAUCGUGAUGUCCAAUACAGAGGCAGAGUCCGGGUCCAGCUCAAACAGGAAGAUGGCAGCCUCUGCCUUGUGCAGUUCCCAUCACGUUAAGAAUGUCUGAGGGGCCAGGCGGUGCCGGCAAGAUGGCUGCACUUGAGAAGAUGACAUUUCCAGAGAAACCAAGCCACAAAAAGUACAGGGCCGCCCUGAAGAAGGAGAAACGAAAGAAAUGUCGGCAGGAACUUGCUCGACUGAGAGACUCAGGACUCUCACAGGAGGAGGAGGAGGAGGACACUUUUAUUGAAGAACAACAACUAGAAGAAGAGAAGCUAUUGGAAAGAGAGAGGCAAAGAUUACAUGAGGAGUGGUUGCUGAGAGAGCAGAAGGCACAAGAAGAAUUCAGAAUAAAGAAGGAAAAGGAAGAGGCAGCUAAAAAAUGGCAAGAACAAGAGAGAAAGUUAAAGGAACAAUGGAAAGAACAGCAGAGGAAAGAUAGAGAAGAGGAGGACCAGAAACGACAGAAGAAAAAAAAAGAGGAAGCUAUGCAGAAGAUGCUGGAUCAGGCUGAAAAUGAGUUAGAAAAUGGUACCAUAUGGCAAAACCCUGAACCACCUGUGGAUUUCAGAGUAAUGGAGAAGGAUCGAGCUAAUUGUCCCUUUUACAGUAAAACAGGAGCUUGUAGAUUUGGAGACAGAUGUUCACGUAAACAUAAUUUCCCAACAUCCAGUCCUACCCUUCUUAUUAAGAGCAUGUUUACAACGUUUGGAAUGGAGCAGUGCAGGAGGGAUGACUAUGACCCUGACGCAAGCCUGGAGUAUAGCGAGGAAGAAAUCUACCAACAGUUCCUAGAUUUCUAUGAGGAUGUGUUGCCCGAGUUCAAGAACGUGGGGAAGGUGAUUCAGUUCAAGGUCAGCUGCAAUUUAGAACCUCACCUGAGGGGCAAUGUAUAUGUUCAGUACCAGUCGGAAGAAGAAUGCCAAGCAGCCCUUUCUCUGUUUAAUGGACGAUGGUAUGCAGGACGACAGCUGCAAUGUGAAUUCUGCCCAGUGACCCGGUGGAAAAUGGCAAUUUGUGGUUUAUUUGAAAUACAACAGUGUCCAAGAGGAAAACACUGCAACUUUCUUCAUGUGUUCAGAAAUCCCAACAAUGAAUUCUGGGAAGCUAACAGAGACAUCCACUUGUCUCCAGAUCAGACUGGCUCCUCCUUUGGCAAGAACUCCGAGAGGAGGGAGAGGAUGCGCCACCACGACCACUACUCUAGCAGGCUGCGGGGAAGGAGAAACCCUAGUCCAGACCACUCCUACAAAAGAAAUGGGGAAUCUGAGAGGAAAAGGAGUAGUCACAGGGUGAAGAAAUCUCACAAACACACAUCAAAGAGUCGGGAGAAGCACAAUUCACCAAGCAGAGGAAGAAACAGGCACCGCAGCCAGGGCCAGGGCCGCCGGAGCCAGAGCCGCAGGAGCCACCGCAGCCGGAGCCAAAGUUCCUCUAGGUCCCGAAGUCGUGGCAGGAGGAGGUCGGGUAAUAGAGGCAGAACCGUUCAGAGCCCCAAAUCCAAAUAAACUAGUUUUGUUCUAAAAAAAAAAAAAAAAAAAAGAAAAGAA